AUGCGGCUACAUGCCUAUGAUUCUUCUAAGAAUUACAAAGAGAAGGUGAAAUUUUAUCAUGAUAGGAAGCUGAUAAAAAAGGUCUUUAAUCCAGGACAACAAGUGUUGCUGUUUAAUUCCCGACUAAAACUUUUCCCUGGAAAGUUGAAGUCCAAGUGGUCUGGUCCGUUUAUGGUCAAGAAUGUCCUUCCACAUGGAGCAGUUGAGUUGACAAAUCCAUCCUUUGCAGACCCACAAAGAAGUUGGAUGGUCAAUGGACUACGUCUCAAGCAUUAUUUGGGUGGUGAGGUGCAACGCCUUUCCACUGUUAUGGAGUUGGUUGAUCCACACUGA